AUGUCCUUCCACUCGUUUACCACACGCUCUUUCUACCUGCUUCUUAGCCUGACUCUGACUCGUCGUGUCUGGGCGCAAGACCUCUCUAUCCCCUCGUCUGUAUGGAAUGUCAGCACGCCGAGCUCCGAUACUAGAACGGUACGCGAAGGACAUGCAAAUGACGCGGCAAAUGCACUGGUGUCGAAUAUACAAGCCGAUGGGAGCCUGACAGACAACACUGAAAGCCAAGCUCUUGCGAGCAUGUACACCGUUCUCGCGGCACAAGAUAUGCUUAGCGGCAACGCGUCAUGGAACAGUACGGUCACCGGCAAAAUGAAGGCUUGGGUCGAGAAGAUAGACAUCUUUGGCAACGGCACUACGGGCUCCUUGCGGACGAACAGCAACGGGAUACAAUGGGCUCUCGCGGCCUAUCACGUUUACAAAGCGUACGGCGACCCAUACUUCCUAACUUUCGCCAAGAAUGCAUUCGAUACCACCUAUAUCGACUACAUCACGCCAUCUGUCGCUGCAGCCAAGAAGUUUGGUCCAGGGCGCAACAUCUCUGCCAAUGCUUCGCAAUGCUUCGACAUCACCGCGGGGGGGAUCUUCUGGCUUCCGGAUGUUGGCAAUAACCCUCAGGUCCAGGCGGACACAGUCGGGCCAUCCAUCAGGCCGUUCGCAGUCCUCGCUGGUUUCCUAUACGAGGAAACUAAGAACGGGACCUACCAGUCAUUGGGACUACAGACCCUGCAAUUCAUGAAGCAGACCAUGUGGGAUAGUCCAUCCAACCUAGUGAGGGGCGUUUUCGAUGCGUACAUAUGCGGUGCAAACACGGGUCAAAGUCCGGAGGUGCAAGCAUGGUAUAUCUACCCGCUCAGCGUCUUCGCGAAUAUCACCGCUACCAGCGACUCGGACACGAGUGCAUCACUUAUUGGACUUCUAAGAUCUGCAGUAUCGGAAGCAGGUCUCAAUACAGCCUGGACGCAGACUAAUGGUGUCCUGAAAGAUACGCCGGACGAUACAUACGCAAUACACGACGACGAGUUCGACUCGAAAGCGAUCCUUAUUUUGGUGCAGUUCAUCGAAGCGUUCUUGACCGUACAGUACAACUCCGUCAUCAACCUGGCACUGAACGGCAACUCUUAUGCCUCAGCACCUACAGGGCCACCACCACUCACGUUCUCCAACGAGGGAAACAUCAUGGCACUGGACAUCUUGAAUGCAGCCUUUGCCAUGGCCCCGAAGGUUACAGCAUCUGCAAGUUCUUCCACCGCUGUGACCGCAAGUUCGACGACUAGUCCCGACGCUGCCUCGUCCCAGUCUUCUACUUCGUCGUCCUCUCCUGUCGGAGCCAUCGUGGGAGGUGUAGUGGGCGGUGUUGGCGGUCUCGCAGUGCUCGUGGGUGUGCUGAUAUGGUGGCGACGCAAGCGCCGUGCAGACGAGGCCGCACUGGCCGCACCUAUUGCAGAGAGAUCCAUGAUCGAGCCCUUCAGCCCAUCCCUCAUGGUCGCCGAACCGUACCGGCGCAUGACGUCGGCACCUCAGCACGAGGAUCCGUAUAGGUCGGGCUUGAGAGUGGGACAUCGCUCGAAGCUAGCUCGGGAGCUGCCUCCAUCGCUCCCGUCCAUAGUGCCGGCUUCAUCGACGAACCCCUCUGAAGCACAGACAUCGAGCUCCGCGCCAUUGACCAAUCAGCAACAAUCCGAUAUACCAGCUCUCGUCGGACGAUUGGUCCUGGACAUGUUGCGCGAUGCCCGCGACACCGGCACUGCGCCGCCGGAUUACGGAGAGUAG